AUGGGUUCGUUCCCAAAGCAUCUUGUUGUCCUGAUGGUGAUUGCCGGCCUUUCGGUACUCAUGGAUCGUACAUGUGGGGCACAACUUCAUGAAUCAGAACGACAACCACCAACUGUCAGAGGAACCGUUCAUAUCAAAAUGCAGAAUGCUCUUGCCGAUAAGUCAGCCACGCUUACGGUCCAUUGCAGUGGACGCCUUCGAGAUGAACCAGCUGACCUCGGACUCCAUGACAUCGCGCCGACCUCAACUUACGAGUUCACAUUCGAGACCGAUAAUAUAUCCCGGACAUUGUACUACUGCAGCUUUCAGUGGCCGCCAAAAAAUUCGCGCAACUUUGAUAUAUUCUCUCAAGAUAGAGACGGCAGAAAGGGUGACUUUUAUUGGACAGUCUCCGACACAGGACCUUGUCUCCUCGACGUGGGAACCGGCAAUGAGGACUGUAAAAAUUGGUCUUAG